AAAAUGAAGACGGCGUCAGGCAUCUUGAGGGUGUGAUGUGCGAGCUGGAAGAAUGGCAGCUGCUUGCCGAAGUGACCCCCGACGCCCUUGAAGCAGCAGAAUUGUAUGCUGCAAUAGGACAUUUCAGCUCGGCAGCAAAAAGACUGAGACCCAAACUGGAGACAGACCCGAGGAACAGAGAGGUUCUGUGUCGGUAUUACCUCAAG